AUGUUCUCGCUACGGAAAGUGUGUCUGUCGGCCCUCGUGGCCCUGAGCGCCGUCACCUCGGUAUCGGCCCAGUCCCCGGCCGGGUCGUGGGAAAUAAAACCGGGCCCCGUCACCUAUGACCCGGAACUGGGUGCCGCCUUCACCGUCAGCAAGGCGCUCGAUUCGCCCACGCUGCGAACCAAGUUCUACUUCUUCUUCGGCCGCGUCGAGAUGAUGCUCAAGGUCGCGAGCGGCCAGGGUAUCAUUAGCUCCAUGAUGUGGCUGAGCGACAACCUCGACGAGGUCGAUUGGGAAUUCUUCGGCACCAACGGUACCUACGCCGCCACCAACUAUUUCGGCAAGGGCGAAGAGGACUUCACCAAUGGCGGUUACCAUGAGGUGCCCUUUGACGUGCGUGAUGACUACCACAACUACACCACCGAGUGGACUCGCGACCGUCUCGACUGGUACAUCGAUGGAAGGCUCGUCCGGACCCUCUUGCCCAAGGACGCCAACAACACCCGCAACUAUCCUCAGACUCCCAUGAGACUCAGCUUGGGUAUCUGGGCAGGUGGCGACUCAAGCAUGCCCCAGGGCGUGCGUGAGUGGGCUGGUGGUGACACCGAUUAUAGCAAGGGCCCCUACACCAUGUGGGUUAAGAGUGUCAAAGUGACGGAUUACACGCCGGACUCGAAGCAGUACAUCUUUGGCGACCGUUCAGGUUCCAUGGAUAGCAUCCAAAUCGUCGAUGGCAACUCGACCGUGAGGGAACUCCUGUUCAAAGAGCCUGAAAAGACCGUGGCUGAAAAGUGGGAGGAGCUCCCCCAAACCGCCAAGACAGCCGUUUACGCUAGCGGCGCUGGUGUGGGUGCCGUCGUGUUUGCCUUUGGCCUCUGGUUCUGCAUCAAGCAACGCCGUCGGGGCGCCGCUGAGGCAGCUGCCGCCGAAGCCGCCGCCGCGCAGGAACGUCUCGAGAUGCAGAACUUCAAGGCCCGCGGUGUUAACCCCGACAGCUUUUCUGGUGGCGCGAGCGACUGGACCGUGGCCGAGGUGCACGACGGCGGCGUGGUGCAGGAAAAGAAGGGCGGUUUUAGCGUCGAGGAGCGAGCCAUCCCAUCCCCGCAGCGCCGUCACCUACAGCGCGGCCAGCAAUUUGACGACAACUGGAACGGUCGCGCCGGCCCCUAUCGCCCCCGCUCCCGUCCCCGGCCGGCGGCAUGCAUGCCAUGCCUCUGCUCCACGAUGGAUCCCGAAGCCCUGCACUGGCCAGCCCCAGAGCCUUUAGCCCUGCGCCUCAGCGAGCUUUCAGCCCCGGCCCUGCGCACGCAGCGCGACGACCCCAACGCGUACUCGGGAGGCUACAGCGGUGGCGGAGUUGGAUACGGCGAGUUUGACGGCCCCAGGGCCCAGAGCCCAGCACAUGUGAUGCCCCCUCCCAGGAGCGGGAGCGCAGCCCCUACAUAUGGCGGAGCAUACGGAGCGCCUCAAAGUCCCGUCUAUGGGCAGCAGCAACAACAACAACAGGGAGGCGGCUACUGGAAUAACAAUGGUCCCGGCGCGUACAGGUGA